GUUCGUGAAGGAUGGAAAAUCGCGUCGUUUGUGGAUGGGUAGCUGGUGUUACUUGCUUAUUUCUUGCACUGAUGAUGGUGACCCCAAGAAUUCCUCAGCCUCAAAACUACCAUGAUUUCGCCGACAAACGCCAAUUCUUUGGCAUUCCCAAUGCACCUGAUGUGAUAUCAAAUUUUCCAUUCCUGUUUAUUGGACUCAUUGGGCUUAGACUUUGCAAUUGUGGGAAUUAUUUUAAGAUCAGCUCACAAGGUGAAAGAUGGGGUUGGACGUCAUUCUAUAUUGGCAUGACUGCUGUUGCAUUUGGUUCUUCAUACUAUCAUCUCAAGCCAAAUGACGAUUGCCUUGUGUGGGAUAGAUUGCCGAUGACUGUUGGCGCUGUAUCAGUCCUAGCAAUAUUCAUCAUUGAAAGGAUUGAUGAGAAGAAGGGAACAAUGUCAAUCAUACCUUUGAAUGUGGCGGGCAUAUUCAGCGUUGUGUAUUGGAGGUUAUAUCAGGACCUUCGUCUUUAUGGUCUGGUCCAAUUUGUGCCAUGUAUUGCCAUUGCUCUCAUUGGUAUUUUGGUGCCUCUAAAGUACACACAUUCAACAUACUGGCUCUGCUGGGCCGCAGGAUUUUAUCUUCUAGCUAGCUAG